GAUCGGGCAGGCCUGAAUGUUGCUGCGUCCUCCUGUGCGACAGCUAGCUCUGCUGCUGUCGUGCCAGUUUGGCGCCGCGCGAAGGCUGCCUGGCACCGGCUGCGCCAGUCUCCGCUUCGUCACGGCUGCAGCCGCCAUCCGAGCGGCCGUGCCCGUCCCGGCUCCCGUCCUCUCCAUCAACCCAAAGCUGGACGCGACGCUGCCGUACCGCGCGCUCGCCUUUUACGCCAUCUCGCCCAUCGCCCAGCCGGACGAGGCGGUUGAGUCGCACCGCGCCUUCCUCACAAAGCGAGGGAUGGUUGGCCGCGUCUACCUCUGCGAAGACGGCAUCAACGCGCAGGUCUCGGGCGCCGCAGAGCAGUGCGCCGAAUACCGCGCGUACUGCCACGACCAGCUCGGGCCGGGCGCCGCGCCCGAGCCCAUCCUCUUCAAGGAGGACCCGUGCGACGAGCUCGCCUUCCCUCGCCUGCGCGUGAAGCACCGCAGCCUCGUGCCGAGCGGCGAGCUGCUCGGCGGCGGCGCCUCGGGCAGAGUGGCGUCCCUGCAGGACCGCGGGAGGGACGUCAGCCCGGCCGAGUGGGAGGAGCUGCUCGCUAAGGCAGACGGCGGCGGAGAGGAGGGCGGAGGCGGCGGUGCUCCCAUCGUGCUGGACGUGCGGAACGGGUACGAGUGGGACGAGCGCGCCGAGACGCCGGUGCGGGAGGGGCUGCGCGGGACCACCGCCACACCGACGUACUUUGGCGCACGGCUGCGCGCGGCGGGCUUCGAGAAGGUGUACAAGCUGCAGGGCGGCGUGCAGCACUACGGCAACGCCCACGCGGCGGCGGAGGAGGCGCCGCCCCGCUGGAAGGGCUCGCUCUUCGUGCCGCUCGGGGGCGCCUCGUCCGAGGUGGUCGGACAGUGCGUCCACUGCGGAGCCCCGACCGAGGCCUUCGUCAACUGCGGAAACAUCGACUGCAACAAGCUCCACCUCGUGUGCGAGCACUGCCUCCCUCGCACGGGCGGCUUCUGCUGCGAGCCAUGCUCCACCGCGCCCCGCCGCCGCCCGCCGGUGACGAGUCUCGCCGACCUCGCCGCCACCCAGGGCGCGCCGCCCGGCCAGCCGGACCCGAACAGGCUGUCGAGCGUCAAGCCGCACAACGUCGGCCGCAAGGAGUACGACGCGGACGAGCACGGGUGCGCGCCGGCGGCCGGCAGCGAGGUCGGAGGGUCGUGAGACCCCAUCGGCGAGAGUUGUCCGGCACCGUGUGCUGACUGCUGUGCCACUGUCACACGCAGGGGUCCGCGCCGGUGGUGCGCAUUCUUUGAGAAUCGUAGAGAGCUAGGAUUCGAAUAUCACAAUGUUGUCAGAAG